AUGGGGCGUAAAGAUUAUCGAAAAGCGGACACAAUCGUCAAAGGCCCCGGAAAAGCCGCGAAAAGACAGCAAGAUCUUGGUAUCUCCAAGAAGGCGACCCCAGUUUCGUCUCGAAGACAGAAGAAGAAGCAAAAAGCUCUUUUAGCGCUGGAAGAAGAAACAAAAAAUGAAGAAAUCGCCCAAAAGAUUGAAGAAACUCCUGAAGACGAAAUCGUAGCCGACGAAAAGAUGCUUUUCGACGAUGAUUCUGGAGAUGAGGAGAUGCCAGACGAUUUCGGAGUUGGAUCGGAUGAUUCCGACGAGGAUCUCGAUGAUGAUCCAAAAGACGAUGAUGAAGAAGAUGACGACGAGAACCUGGAGAAUAAUUUGGAAGAAGUCGAAAAGUUCGUUCUUCCGUCCGGCCAAGAAAUCGAAAAAGAAAAGUCAGCUCCUCUAGACGUCGCCAUCAUCAAGAGCAGAAUCGAAGAAAACAUUGCGGCGCUCAAGAACUUCAAGGAAAAACGUGAAGAUGGAAAAACGCGAGGAGAGUAUUUGGAGCUUCUCAGAAGUGACAUCAAGUACUACUAUGGAUACAACGACUACUUGUGCGAGCGAUUUACGGAGCUGAUUCCGCUCGAUCAGCUGGUGUCGUUCUUCGAAGCGAAUGAGGUUCACAGACCUGUAACUAUCAGAACAAAUACGCUGAAAUGUCGCCGUCGAGAGUUAGCGCAGGCGCUGAUCAACCGAGGCGUCAACCUUGAUCCUGUUGGAAAGUGGUCAAAAGUUGGUCUCGUCAUCUACGACUCCGCCGUUCCUAUCGGUGCGACGCCCGAGUACCUCGCCGGUCAUUACAUGUUACAGUCCGCAUCUUCGUUUCUCCCCGUCAUGGCCCUCGCCCCACAAGAAGGCGAAAAAGUACUGGACAUGUGCGCUGCGCCAGGAGGCAAAACGACUUACAUUUCCCAGCUGAUGAAAAAUACAGGAAUGGUCCUCGCCAACGACAAGAACAAACUCCGAAUGAAAGCCUUGGUCGCGAAUGCUCAUCGUCUUGGUUGUUCGAAUGUAGCCACUUGCAACUAUGAUGGAAGGAGUUUCCCGACGAUUCAAGGCGGUUUUGAUCGGGUUAUUUGCGAUGCUCCUUGUGCUGGUACAGGCGUGAUCGCUAAGGAUCCAAGCGCGAAAUUAUCGAAAGAAGACAAGGAUGUCCGAAGAAUCGUUCAUAUCCAAAAAGAACUCCUCCUGGCGGCGAUAGAUUCAGUCGAUGCAAAGAGCAAGACCGGUGGGUACAUCAUCUACUGUACCUGCUCCCUGUUGGUCGAGGAGAACGAAUGGGUGGUCGACUACGGGCUCAAGAAUCGAAACGUAAAGUUGGUCGACACCGGACUCGAUCUUGGCGAAGAAGGUUUCACGAAAUACAGACAAUGGCGAUUUCAUCCUUCGAUGAAUCUGACAAAGCGUUACUAUCCGCACAUCAACAACAUGGACGGCUUCUUCAUCGCCAAGUUCAAAAAGACGUCGAAUGAUAUUCCAGAAAAGAAGGCCAAGCCCGGCAAGAAUGAUACUGUUCCUGGAGAUGAAAACGAUUACGAAACAAUGUCCGACGACGGGGAAAAGACUUCCGAUCGCGAUUCUGGAGCCGAAGUUGAUGAGGAGGAAGCUGCUCCUGCUCAAUCUUCCCAGCGAAAGAAAAAAGGCCUCAAGACGAAGAAAGGGCAGCUGUUAGUCAGGUCGAGCAAUAAAGCUCCCGUGACGAAGCCAAAAGAGCAAAAGAAAAAGCCGGAGAGAGAAGAAGUCGCGAAAAAGAACGAAUCGAAGCCAAAGAAGGAGAAGGAAACAGAGGUGAAGAAAUCUAAACAGAAAGAAGUGGAAGCGAAGGAAUUGAAGAAGGAGGAGGAAAAGGCGGCUGAAAGUAUGGAAGUUGAUGGAGAAAACAGUGAAAAUAAGACAGAAACUCAAAAGAAAGGCCGCGGCGGAAAGCGCAACAAAAACGGCUGGCAAGACGUUUCCAACAUGACAGAAGCUCAAAAGAAUAAAUACUUCCGUUCGAGAGCUAUCCGAAAGUUCGCCAGACUGAAAGCCGAAAAGAAUAAGCAAAAGAAGAAAUCCAAGUAA